AUGUUCGGACUUUGCCUGCGUGCACAGGUCCAUGCAGGCUACCGCGAUGAAAUCUGGCAACUGUCCGACCAUGCGAUAUGGCCGAAGAUCACCGCAAAAUUGGCCAAGUGCAAUCGUGACGUUUUCUCCGGUUGCAUCAACAGUGGUCAUGCCGCUGAUGCAGACUAUAAGAAGCUCAUGUGGUACAAAGGAGCGCCAGAGCUCAUGCCCGAGAUCGGCAGUGCGGAAGAGGCGGCAGCAUUGGGCAACGGUCCAGGCGGCCUCGGAAUGAUCCAUGCUUUGUACACCUAUGGUACGCCGGCCGUGGCGGAUCCUCCGUUGAAGGAUUCCAAGACUGCCAACGGCUGCUUCAAGGGUCUCCGCGUCUACUCUGAAAACGAUCUCCGAGGCGGUGGCAAGCAGAUCGAUGCGCGCACCUUCAGCAACAACUACUUCCCUCACCCGAAGAUGAAUGUCCUGUCCCUUCAGUGGAAUCAGGAUUCGCAUUUCGACAACUGUGUCACCAAGGAUGCAGACAGUGUGUGGUGGCCACAUCACAACGGACUCGCUUACGAGGACUGGUACCAACAUUCUGCGAAGGUUUACUGGGACCGCUUGGAGCAGCUCGUCGGGAAAGCCCCGAACAACGAGCUGUACGCUGAGGCCAAGAAGUUCGUGAACUUUGCAUGGAGCGCCGAGCUCACCAAAGAAGAAGUUCUGGCAAUUCUGAAGCCACCUGACAAGACAGAGAGCAAAGGCAGGCAGGUUGUAAGAUUGCUUCAUGCUGCGCAGACUCUUUUCAGGGCCGAGCCUGGCUGCAGGGUGACAUUGCCCCUAAACCAUAGGGCCGGUUUCGGGACGCUACAGAUUUCCCGCUCCCGACACCGGCCUCGUCGCUUUACUCUCACUUUUUCGUACGGGUAG